CCCCCCACACAAAUAUAUUGAUUUGUAAUCCAUUUUUAUUUUCUCCUUUAACCUUAUUUUUUCAUCGCUUUCAAAUUCGGUAUUUUGAGAGUUCUGUCAACCGGAGUUGAUAUUCCCAUAACGCAAGGAUGACAAGUACAGCUUGCUUUAUCAUUGUGAGCCGAAAUGAUAUCCCAAUAUAUGAAGCUGAAGUGGGGUCUCUUGCUAAAAGAGAAGAUGCUGCUCAGCUGCAUCAAUUCAUAUUACAUGCCGCUCUGGAUAUUGUUCAAGAUCUUGCAUGGACCACUAGUGCGAUGUUCUUGAAAGCAAUUGACAAGUUCAAUGAUUUGAUGGUAUCGGUGUAUGUAACAGCUGGUCAUACACGAUUUAUGCUACUUCAUGACUCUCGUAAUGAAGAUGGAAUCAAGAGCUUUUUCCAAGAGGUUCAUGAGCUUUAUAUAAAGAUCCUUCUAAAUCCACUCUACCUGCCUGGUUCCCGGAUUACUUCAUCGCAUUUCGACACAAAAGUUCGAGCCCUUGCAAGAAAGUGUUUAUAGACUCCAUUGUUAUCUCGUGUUGAAGAAUUCCCCCAGUAUGUUGCAGACAAUUGAGAUUUUAUGAUGUUCUCUGUGUUUAUUCAAAUAUACUGAAACGUUAAACCAUUUUUCUGACAUCCGUUGGUGUUUGUUUACAUUAUUACUGGCUUUGUGGCAAUUUUAUGAAUUGGGUUUUUGA